GCAGGCACGCUGGAGACUGGUGGUGAAAAAAUAGCUUCCGCAGUUCCGUCAGCUGGCGAGGGUAAAUGUUUUAUAAGAGUACACUGUUAGCAUGUUGAACGCUUGUUUCUGUCGCGUCCCGCAAGAAUAACAAGGUAACUACAUCGGCCCUGCUCGUCCAGUCCUCUGUUAAAAGGUACAAGAUGAGUCUGAACGAGCAUUCACUGCAAGCACUGUCCUGGAGAAAGCUGUACCUGAGUCGAGCUAAACUGAAGGCUUCUAGUCGGACAUCAGCUCUGCUUUCUGGAUUUGCUAUGGUGGCAAUGGUAGAAGUGCAGCUGGACAACAGUUAUCCUUACCCACCUGCUCUCCUUAUCGCCUUCAGUGCCUGCACUACUGUCCUUGUGGCUGUUCACCUGUUUGCUCUGAUGGUCAGCACCUGCAUUUUGCCCAAUAUAGAGGCUGUCAGCAAUGUCCACAAUCUCAAUUCUGUGAAGGAGUCUCCACAUGAGCGAAUGCACCGUCACAUUGAACUAGCUUGGGCUUUUUCCACAGUCAUUGGUACACUGCUCUUCCUAGCUGAGGUGGUUCUACUCUGCUGGGUCAAAUUUUUGCCUGUUAAGCCCAACAAGUCCAGCAAUAAUACAGUUUCAUCUGGUGUGGCUGCUGCCAUUACCUCCACUUCUAUCAUGGUCCCUUUUGGUUUAGUCUUCAUAGUCUUUGCUGUGCAUUUCUACCGCUCUUUGGUCAGCCACAAGACUGACAGACAAUUUCAGGAGCUGGAGGAGCUUUCUAACCUCACCAGGCUUCAAAAUGAGCUGGACAACAGAGGGGAAUCUUCCAUCUUGCAGUCUCCAAGCUCACAUUUCCCAUAGAAAUGUAUGAUGAAUACAGAUCUAUGGUGGAACUCUAACUCCUUGGAGUCUCUCCAAGCCAGAAGCCACAUUAUUGGUUUCUCUUCUUUUUUUUCUUUUUUUUACAGGAAUGAAGUUGUAUAUCUCACCUCUUUGUUGUGAAAUUUACUUUUGUGAAAAAAGUUGUAUUUUUAGAAGACAUGUUUGAUCAACUGUGAACUCACAAAUCUGCCAUAAUGCAUGUAACUUGAAAUUGGAGAGUCUUAACUGUGAUAGUUGCUUGAUUUAUCUCUUACAUUAUGGCAGAGGCAUCUGAACAAUAACAUGGAAUCCUGUCUGUUGCCUGCUGCACCUAUUUAACUGUUUGUCAGUGAUCACUGUGUUUGUUAAUAUAUAUUACCUUGUUGUGUUUUGUAAACUACGAGUAUUUAACUCUUUCUUCCUUGUUCACAGUGUAUAUGUUAUUGCAAUGUUCGCAAUGUGCAUUUGUAAUGCCUGUUGUUUGUGUAGACUAACUCAACAGCUGCCAAAACUACAGUAUUAUUUGAGUAUAUUUGCUGACAUAUUGUAGCAAAGGCUGUGGCGCUAUAAUAAAUACUUUUUUUUUACCAAGUGG